GCUGGCGGCGUCUGCCCCGGGAUCGGGGGGUUGGGGUCGGCUCGGCUGAUAGUGACUGGCCUGAGGCGGGACCCGGCCGUGUGACUGCCUCAAACGGAGCGGAUUUGAGGCGACAUUAAUCCCAUGGAUAGGUUAUAUCUAUUAACUGGGGAACCAGCACAAAGCGCCUCGGGAAAACGGUCCCCGGCAGAUCACGUACAGUGUGGAAUGCUUCAGUUCGAACCAGCCACUGGCAUACGUCCAUGUUGUCACUCAGAGAAUCCUUGCCCAUGAGAGCUGAGCCUAAGAAAAAGAAAAAAGUGGAUCCCAAAAGGGAGCAGGCAGUGAGAGACCGUUUGAAAAAAAGAUUGAAGAAGUUGGAACGUGUUCCUCCAGAGCUGAUCCCAAUCGAAGAUUUUAUCACUCCCACAAAGUUCCUUGAUGAAUCCAGAGUUCGGGAUCUGCCCAAAGUGACAGAGGAAGAGACUGAGCAGCGCGCGCUUCUAAUGAAGGAAUGGUCACGAUAUAAGCAGAAGGAACAUAAAAAGGAAGCUGAAAUGAUUCAUUCCAUGAUUGAGGCACAGCAGGAAGCGCUACAGGAACUGCGUGUCGAAUCAGAGAACUUGUACCAGGCUGCAAUUAAACGGGAUCAAGGACUGUUUCCAUUGGAGUUACAAGGAUGCAGCUAUACUCCUCCUAUACCUGACUACCAAGCACCUGAUGGAAAAUACAGAGAAAACACGAAGGUUUAUACACAGUGACGUACAUGAGAACCUUUCACUUCUUCCCUGUUAUUCUUUGAACCAGAUCUUUUUUAAAUAAAGUAAAUAUUGUCAUAAAAUGUAUAGUACGUUUUUGGGAAAUGUACUUCUGAUUAAUAAGUUUUCAGAAAAGUUGCUAUUCCCUCCAAUGUUUGUCGAUGCUUUUAAAAAAGCAGUGUUAAAAAUAUACAUAAGCAAAUGUACCAACAAUGUUAAUUGGCAACUUAACUGGAAUGAAAAUCAUUAAAAAUCUGCACAAUUUGGAAAUCUAAAA